GGGUGAACGUGCGCUGCCGAUAGUCAGCAGUUCUCUUAUUAUUGUUUACAAAACGCGCAAUUGUCGUCAAAACUAAGCAGAUAAAAAAGUGAUAAAAGUCGAGCAGCGACUGGGCAAAUGCUGGCGAAGAUCUGUUAAAAGUCGCAGCAUUCGCUGCUAAAUGGCAGCGGACUCAGAAAGUGCUCUCCUCACCGCCCAACCACUUGUUGUUGUUGGACUUUGCCGCCGCCCAUAUAAAAACAUCCAUUAUCCAGCUCCAUUUUAUAUAUAAUCAGCCGAUUUCAUACGACGCUGAGUAGAAGGGGCUUGAAACACACUCAUAUCACAAUCUGGAACUCCAGUCACUUUGCUGUCACUUACUGUCAACUUCUCAAUCCGGAACUGGAAAACUUGUAACUCUAUCAAUCUCAGUCCUGAACAAAAAUCAAGCAGAAUUUUGAACAACCCAAGAACACUCGAAUUAAGUCAUCAGUUUAUUGCCCACCUUUAAGUGCCCGAGCAGUUCAAACAUUGACUUUUCACAAUGACGGGUCAGAGCAAGCUGAUCAAUCCGCUGUGCAUCACCUGCAAGGAGUUCCAGCAUCCAUGGACAGACCACUGUGUCAGCGCCACAGCCGGAAUCCUGCUCUCGGCCACGCCCUACUGCCUGCGGGUCUACACAGUGGUCUACGCCCUCUCCCUGCUGAUGCGUCACCGCAUUCCAAGCCGCGAGGAUCUGCGCAGGACUCUGUUGGGAAUCAUUCAGUCCACGGCCUUCCUGGUGACCAAUGCCUACACCUUCAUCCUGUACAACUGCGCACUGCGACACAUUUUGGGCAGCUAUCACUUCUCCACGGUGGCCUUUGUACCGUGCUUCUUUGCUUCGUUUUCGGCCAUUCUGGUGGAGCGCCCUGCACGUCGACCUUUGCUCACUCUCUAUGUGGCCAAUGUAGCUACAGAAACGCUGUGGAAGAUGGCCGAGGCCAGGGGCUGGGUUCGCUCCAUUCCGAAUGGACAGACCAUCAUCUUCGGGCUGAGCAUGGCGGCGCUGCUGUACCUCUACAGAACGGACGCCUGCAAAGACUCCAUCUUCAACAUUCUCCGCAUCUUCGUGGGCAAGGAGGAGGCGGGACCGGUUUCCAAGUCAGGUCCAGUGGUGCCCGGUGAACAACCAACUCCAUCGCGCCGACGUCCAACGGUCAGCUUUUCCUCCAUCUCCGACUGGGUGCGCGUCUAUAGCAACCUGAUCCGCGCCAAGCACGACAGCUGCCGGCACCCACAGAGCUGCUUAAGUUACUCCCUCAUCGGAGGCAUUAAGCCCUUCGUGGGCGGAGUAGCACUGCAGGUGGCCCUCAAAGUUGUGAUGAACGUGAAAAAGAUCACCUCUGGAAAGAUGCCUUGGAAAAAGCUGGUCCUCAACCGCGGCACUCUGCAGCUGGGCAUUUUCAUGGGCAGCUUCUCUUUUCUUUAUAAGUCCAUGUCCUGCCUUCUUCGGCACAGUUUCAACGGGGAUGAUGCCAGGUUUGCCAUUCCUGCCGCAUUGGUAGCCUCUGUGACCUUCACUCAGUAUCCAGACAACACAGUGGCCUUGUAUGUCAUGUGGAAAGCACUUCAGAUACUUUGCAUAAAAGGACAAGAGAGAGGCAUACUACCACACAUCCCCAACUUCAUGCUGUUCCUGUACUCCUUCUUCACGGCGGUGCUCUUCCACGCGGGAAUCCUGGAGCCCAAGAGCCUUCGCCCCAGCUACUACAAGUUUCUGCAGGCCAUCUCGGGCGAUCGUCUGAGCAGGUUUAAUCUGGGCGCCUUCGAUGUGUUUGGGCUGAACAGUCAGCAACAGGCGUGGGAUACCAUCAAAGCUCUGAAAAUUGUGGAGAAAGCCCCGCUGCCCGCCUUCUCCUUCGCCUCCUGAACCGUUUCCAAUCGACCUCUCUGCUGUCGACUUUGCCAAAGGCUCCACUAUAUCUCUAUAUAUCCGCGCUCUGUAGCGAGUUGUAUAUACUUCAAGAGUCUCCCGCGCUCAAAGAGCGCCCAACGAUUACUAAUUUAAGCAAGAACGGGUGGAUUGUAAGCUAUGUUGACUUUUUUUAUUUCUUGGUAUCAAUAAAACUUUACCAAAAAUAA